AUGAGCCAAGCCAGGUUUCACGUGGCCAUUGCCGGCGCUGGAAUAGCAGGUCUCACUCUCGCCCUGCUCCUCCAGCAAAACUCCAUCCCGUGCACCGUCUACGAGCUCCGCGCUAGCACCGCCUCGCCUGACGGGGGCGCUCUGAUGCUCGCGCCCAACGCGCUGCGCAUCCUCGACCAAAUCGGCCUACUCGCACGCAUCCAGCAUCUUGGCUUCAACUUCGAGACCAUCUUCUUCAAGGACGCCGCCGGCCAGACGACCAGCGAGUUCCUGAUGGGCAGCACGGCGCGGUACGGAUACCAAGCCAUGCGCAUCCACCGGCAUAUCGUCGUCACCGAGCUAAGAAAGCUCGCCGCGGAGCGAGGGAUCCCGGUUCACUUUGAAAAGCAGAUCUCGGGUGUGGUGGAGGAGACUCCUGCGGGCGUGACGUUUCAGUUCGUCGAUGGCUCGACUGGCCGCGCGACGCUGCUCGUUGGAGCGGAUGGCAUUCACUCCAAGCUUCGCGACUACGUGUGUCCGGGCCGGGAGUAUGCGCCCGUCUACUCCGGCCAGCUUGCCUUGUCGCUGGUUACCCACCAGCAACAAGAGGACCCACGACGCUCUCUACCAGCUAUAUUCCACGGCCGCACAGGUGCGCUUCUGAUGCUGCCACAAAGCUUCGACGGCUCCGAGGUAGUCGUGGGCACGCAGCUACGGUAUCCUGAGCAGGACAGGUCCGGGUGGUCCGCGCUGGCGGAGGAUGGGGCGCGGCUCUUCGAAUUGUGGCAGCAGGGCGUCGGGGAGUGGCAGAGUCUGCACCCUCUUGAACUGGAGCGCGACCCGGCAAUCUCCAUCUGGCCGUACUACGCGCUGCCCAACAUCCCCAGCUGGGUGUCGCAGGGGAAGGGGGUGGUGCUCGUCGGGGACGCGGCACACGCGAUUGCGCCGACUGCGGGGCAGGGUGCGUGUCAGGCGGUUGAGGAUGCGUGUACCCUGGCGGUGUUGGUCGCAAGCCUCUCUUCUAGACGGGUAGAGGCAAUGAUGGGAAAGGCCCUGGAGUUUUGGGAGAAGGCGCGCGGAGAGAGGAUCGAGAAAGUCAAGACGCUGACUCUGCAGCUGGGCAACAACCGACUGCCGCAGGAAGAGCGGGAGAAGCUCCCAGCCGGGCACUACUGGAAUGCUGGGGAACAGCCGGAUCUGUUCUGGCUGUACGGAGUGAAUGUGGGAGAUGAGUUUUCGCGGUUGUGGAUGGACCGAGAGGCAACGCGACAAUGA